AUGUUUGCAGCCAAUGCUGGAGAUGUCGAUAAGGGCGUCCAGAAUAUCGCGGAUCUGUUCAUGACUGCACGCGACGAGUUGGAGUAUGCAGAGGAGGCACGGGGAACGGUCUACUACAACGACGACAAGGAUGGCGCGCGUGAAGCCGUCCAGGAGUGCUUGAAUGCAUACGAUGUGCUGUUGAAGGAGCUGGACGACGCCCAAAAGCUGGAUGUGCAGCGCAAAAUUGGACUCAAGAUCAUGGAGCUCAAGUCUCAGCUGGAUGCCCUCAAUGAAGAAGAACUCGAAUAA